AACAAAGACAGAGAUAACGAGGGAGGAGGGAAAAAAAGUCCUGGGUCCAACUUUGUUCUUCGAAACAGAUGUGGAUGCGUCAAACCGCUGGAUUCUGCUGCGCGUCCACAUGCCGACACUGGUGCGUGUGUGGAUCAUCGGGAUGAGCGCACACGCCCCCUGAGCGCGCAGCUCGCUCACGUUUUAUCGAUAGAAACUGUGUUUGCGUCAAAAGUGAAGCAGGAGAUCGAGCUGCGGUGGAUUCCUCAUGCGGACUGAAGCCCGGGCAACAUGUUCGAUUAUCUGGAGUUUCAGUCCUUCGCCUCCGGAGACAUCAUGGACUUCUACUGCUCAUCCAGCCCCGUGUGCGCACUGCAGGACCGGGACCAGGACCAGGACCGGGACCGGGACCAGGACCGGGACCAGGACCGGGACCUGGCAGCCUUCUUCCCCGAGCUGAUCGAGUCGGACUGGCAGCAGCACCGGUGCUCACAGUUGGGCAGUCAGAGCUCCAGCUCCAGCUCGGACGACCUCUUCGCCAGCCCCACCUCCCCGCCUCCACCCCCUCGCACCUACAAGCCCUGCUUCGUGUGUCAGGACAAGUCCUCCGGGUACCACUAUGGAGUCAGCGCCUGCGAGGGCUGCAAGGGCUUCUUCCGCCGCAGCGUGCAGAAAAACAUGGUGUACACGUGUCACCGCGACCGAAACUGCAUCAUCAACAAGAUCACCAGGAACCGCUGCCAGUACUGUCGGCUGCAGAGGUGCUUCGCCGCGGGGAUGUCGAGGGAGUCUGUGAGAAACGACAGGAUCAGGAGGAAGGGGAAGAAAGAGGCGGUGAAGAUGACGAUCAUGGAGACGUACGAGCUGACGUCGGAGCUCGGCCUGAUCGUGGAGAAGAUCUGCAGAGCUCACACGGAGACCUUCCCCGCCCUCUGCCAGCUGGGAAAAUACACCACAAACUCCAGCUCCGACCACAGGAUCCAGCUGGACCUCGGGCUGUGGGACAAGUUCAGCGAACUCGCCACCAAGUGCAUCAUCAAGGUGGUGGAGUUCGCCAAGCGCGUGCCGGGUUUCACCGGCCUGACCAUCGCCGACCAGAUCACUCUGCUCAAAGCCGCCUGUCUGGACAUCCUGAUCCUGAGGAUUUGCACUCGCUACACCCCCGACCAGGACACCAUGACCUUCUCUGACGGUUUGACCCUGACCCGCACUCAGAUCCACAACGCUGGAUUCGGACCGCUCACAGAUCAGGUUUUCACUUUUGCUGGACAGCUGCUGCCGCUGGAGAUGGACGACACAGAGAGCGGGCUCCUCAGCGCCAUCUGCCUCGUCUCUGGAGACCGACAAGACCUGGAAGAGCCGUCGAAGGUGGAGGUGCUGCAGGAGCCGCUGCUGGAGGCGCUGAAGAUCUACUCCCGCAAGCGGCGACCCAGCAUGCCCCUCAUGUUCCCCAAGGCCCUCAUGAAGAUCACCGACCUGCGCAGCAUCAGUGCUAAAGGGGCCGAGAGGGUGGUGACGUUAAAGAUGGAGAUCCCGGGCUCCAUGCCGCCUCUGAUAGAGGAGAUGCUGGAGGAUCUGCAGAACCUGGAGGAACACCAGAAGAAUCGCUCGGAGGAGAGCUGAGCAGAACACACACACACACACACACACACACACACACACACACACACACACACACACACACACACACACUCUCUCUGGUCUCUCAUUCCGAAGCUGCUCAGAGAACAAUACGUCCGUCUUCCCUCCCAGAGAAGCCGCUCACGUUAUAAGGUGACGAUGCAGUUGAGAGUCUUACCUCAGUCUCUGGUCAGUGAACAUUAACGGACUCCUCAGCGGACUUGAUGUAAAACAACAGAGAACGAUGCAGUAAUGUUUUAAUCAGUUACAUUUUUAACACCUCAUAACCAGAGAGUUCUGUAUUUAUAUUUGCAUGGAUUCAUUUUUAUUUGAUAAAUAAAUAACAAUACUUUUAGCGUUAGUCUAGUAAAGAGAGUGAACAUAUGGAAUUUGAGCUUUUUACAAACGAUGUGAAUUUUUGUACCUGAUGUGUUAAAGUUUUUCUUCACGUUUUUAAAAACAAAAAGGGAAAUAUAAGUUUUCUGAAUGUUCAUAAAUGGCAUCAACACAGUUCACAAGCAGAUGAAGCUGAGUUGUGGCCGGAAACUUCAAAUUCAAUUAGCAAAAAAAAAAAAGAAAAGGAAAAUACAGAGUUGUGCAUUGUAUUGGAAAUCUGUGUCUGCAGUAUGAGGGACAAGGAUUACAAAAAAUUAAAAGAGGAAUUUCCGUUAUUUUACAUUAUGAGAAUAAAGUUAAAUUGUCGAGAAGAAACUUGAAAUUUCAAGAUUAAAGUUGAACUUUUAAGAAUCUAUCAAACGCUAACUUUAACUUAGAAAACUGCCUCGACAAAACAACACGCGUAGAUGACUUCGUUGAAAUCGUUCUCGUAAAAAAAAAAAAAAGGGAAAAUCUUUUUUUAGCUCAUGAACACGGCCUGAAAUUCAGUGUGAAGACUCUGAAGAGAUUCUGUCAAAGCUGCGUCUGUUCAGGAGGAGAAACCAAACACGUUCGUACAAACUGAAACUGCUGGAAAUGGACAGAUGCAAAGAUGUUAAUGCUGAAACCAAACGCUGCUCAAACUGGAUUUAAAUCAAUUAUUCAGAAAAUACAAAAGAAAAAUCUUGUUUAGUUCGACUUCCUUUUCCACCACAUCUCGACAUCGAAACAUCCCCGACCUUCAUCCUCCUCCGUACGUCCACAACACUGGUCUGUAAAGUUUGAAUCCAGUUUUCAACAGGGCUGCAUAUUAUUAUAAAAUAAUGUUUUCAACAUAAACAAUAUUUCAUUAAAGAAAAUAAGCCAAUUUCUUAAAUCCAUCAGCGUUUGAUGCCUCGUCACAGGAGGCAUCAGAAGUAACUCAUCGCAGGAGCAGAGCAGGUGUAAAAUAAUGCCUGAAAUAGGUUUUAUGAAAAAGAAUGAUAUGGAAUUGUAGGAAUUAUUCAUAAAAACUACAAAGUGAGAAUCUUAUGUACUGUAACACCUCAUCCGUGCCUACUCUAAAAAAAACAUAUCUAUGAUUUUUACAUAUUUUGCAAAUUUAUCAACCUGGAAAUGUGAAUGCCUUCAUUUUUCCACCCUUGCCCGCUGUUGUAUAGUAUAACUACUGUGUGUACAUAUUAUAUCUAUGAUCAUUUUCCAUGGUGCGUCCAUUUGUUAUAAUACUUAACAGAUUUCAUCACAUUUUUUGUCGCUCUAUUCAUUAAAAUCUUGUGUAGCA